UUCGACCUCCGACAAGCAACCUGUAGAAUUAGCCGUCUGAGCGCGAGCACCUGAAACCGGGAAGAGCUGACACUACUGUAGGAUUUGGGGAGGUCAUGGAUAACGAUUUGGGUGAGAGACUGAUUGGAGAGAAAUCCAUGGGAAGCCGAAGAUGGAGGAAACUCUAUUCCCGGGUCAAGAACCGCAGCCCAAGCUUUCGCUUGUUGCGUCACGAUGAAGAAGCAGCAGUAGCUAUUCGCAGAGCUGACCAGGAAUUCCGCAUUGCAAUCUUGGUCUCACAAGCUGCAUUCCAAUUUAUCAGUGGAAUAAAUGGUUUGCAUCAAGAUGAUCCUGUUCUAACAGAGAGAACAGAGGAAGCCAUCUAUGUUAACCGCAGGUAUUACUGUCACCAGUGUCGUGAACUGGUCUCUGCCACUGUGGAUUUCAAUGUGGCAUGCCCUCUUUGCCAAGGCAACUUCAUCGAAGAAUGUGGUGGUGUUAGCUCAAUGCACCUUCCCAAGCCAUCGGAGGCACAGCCUUCUUCAACUGACUCUAAUGGGCAUGGCGUCAUGGAAUUUAUUCCUUCCACUGAUCAAAUAGUCGUGGACAUUGUCGAGAACAACAAUGAUUCAACACAAAACAGUUCGCCUGUACAUAGCCGUGGUUCCCAUGAUUACAACAACUAUGGCGAGACAAACCAGGCACUGGGGCAUGAUGAUUCCAACCUCAGUUUGUCACCUUUGCUUAGUGUUGCAUCCGAAUCCUCUGGUCAUGCGGUUACCAGCAAUAGCGAACCAGGCCACGCAGUCCUUAAUAUUUCAAAUUCCAAUACCGAGACGUUGAUUCCUGUUUCCACAGUUGCAGUUGGCCUUGGGGCAAAUGUUGGCCCUGGGACAAGGAUUCCUUCAUCAGUCUGGAUUUUUUCAGUCACUGGCUUCGGCUUUGAGGCUGUUUCAGCAUUUUUUGAUCAGGUGUCCACCCCACGGAAGCCUCAUUAUGCGUUAUAUGGUAUGCUGUUGUCUAUUGUAGCUGUACUUGUUUGCAUCUUGGACCUCACUCUCAAUGCCAUGAAACAAAGAAGAAUCACAUCCGACGGUAACAUAAUAUGGGGUAUCUUACCUGAAAUUUUUGGAUUAGCUCUUGCGUGUAUCCAGUGCAUUAGCUCGACAGUGCAGUUUUCAUUUCUCCACAGGCAUGCUGCUAAUCCUUGGAAAGUGUCCCUUGUGCCUUUCUUAUUUUUCUUCGUCUUGUUUGCUUUCAAAUACAGAAAUGGAAGGAAUUAGGGGUUAGAAACUUAGAAGUAGAAUACGGAUUCUGUUUUAAUUAGAUUGAACUAGAAUAUGUGUAUAUCAAUUAGUUACUCAUCCUUCUACAGGAAACAUUGUUACUAAUGCUUGGUCUUUACAUACUGUAUUUAAACUGGCUUCAAGUAAAGAACCUAAGU